UAUUGUGUUGUGGUCACUUUUUAGCUUGGAGCUUUGGAGAGAAAACAAUAACAGUGAGUAAAUGCAAUGUGUUACAGUCAUGGUUAGUGUGAACUAAAAUCACUUACGUCUCUUUCUAAUAUCUAGAUUUCCAAAUCCAAAGUCCAAGUACAAAUAACCUUUCUCUACACUGAAUUAUCAUCCAUUACAGAAUGUAAUAUUUUGCCAUCUCCACGGAACUAACACAAUACCUCAAUCCUCCAGUGACACUAUCUCCUCAACUGCAGAAGUACCUUUCACCAUUGCAGAUGUGCUUGCCUCCUAUGGGGUGCCAAAUGUAAAAGUAGCACAGAUAACUAGUUUUCUCACAUUUAACUAAAUGACACAUGUUUUUUCACAUUUAGUUAAAUGUGCAAAAGUCUAAAUGUAAAUGUUAAAUAUAAAUGUAAAUGUUAAAUAUAAAUGUAAAUGUUAAAUGUUAAAUGUAAAUGUUAAAUUUUCGCCGAGUGUAAACUGAAUAUUCAUGAAUGGGCAAGUAGACUCCAUCCCUACCGUCAAACAACGUGGACUCAAACACGUCAAACAGUACGCAUAGCUCCGCCCACAUCUGACUCUGGAUCGGUGCACGAAAAUACUGGAGAGAAGCCUGAAGUCGAAGCCAUCAUGGCCGCCAGCUCCGACUCCCUCCCGUUGGGGGAGAUUGAACGGGCUGUAACGGCAGGUGUGCGGGCUGAGGCUCCGCUUCAAACUGCCGUUCUGUCGUAAACACCAUUAAUGAGGAGUCAAGAGUUCGUUCAGGACUCUUUCGUUCCGAUGGUAGCUGUCUUAUGCAGUGAAGAAGCUGAGAGAGUGACUCGCAAGAACAACCUGAAUUUUGCUGAGCUGUUGAGGCCUUUCUGCAGACUAACGUCCGAAGGUCACAUCCGGGACCCCAACAACCAGCUGCUGAUUGUAAAAAACCUGCGUGUCUGUGUCAACAAUUUGAGUCCGAAUCCGAGCACAGCUUCUGGUGUCCUGAAUCCCCUCCAGCGCAGGGUUUUAAACGAGGUGGUGUUAUCUUGUCAGUCACAAGAAGGCACUCUGAGCAGCGUGAUCACAGCAGGAGACUAUCACCUCAGUGUUAGUGCAACCACUCCCUGGUUUGAAGCCUACAGGGAGAGUUUCCUGCAGUCCAUGCCUGCCUCUGACCAUGAGUUUCUCAAUCACUACCUUGCUUGCCUGCUGGUGGUGUCCUCCACUGAAGCUGUGCCGGUUGAGCAGUUCCUCAAGCUUUCUCAGGAGCAGCACAGAGUUCAGCACAGUGGAGAAUACACCUACCCUAAGUGGUUUAUCCCCAACACGCUCAAGUACUACGUCUUACUGCAUGACAUAGAGGAGGGAGAGGAACAGAGAGCAGAUACUUUGUAUGAGGACAUGAAACAGAGAUACGGUUCUCAGGGCUGCUAUCUGCUAAAAUUCAACUCUCGCAAAUUCUCAACUGAAGACGAGGAACAGAUUCCAGACCCAUGGAGUCAAUACCUGCACAGGAAUUCUCUGCAUAACCAGGACCUUAUCGGUGAAGUAGCUCCAACUUCAAAUGAGGAAGACAGUAUGGGUGAAGUAGACUGCCAUCACUCAGCAGAGAAAGGUGCAGUGACCAACAUCCUGGACAACCAUCCACUCCAGCUGGACACACCGAACAGCUCAGGGAGUCUGGAAACUCCCAGUGGAGUCAGCACUACCCUAAAGAAAGGAAGUAGAGAUUGGGAAAGUGUGACAGGAGCUUCAGGGAGUCAUGGAACAUGUCUGACCCUUAAUGACCAUGAUCGUAUUAGACAAUUCAUCCAAGAGUUUACCUUUAGAGGCCUUCUGCCACACAUUGAGAAGAACAUCAGACAACUUAAUGACCAGCUACUUUCAAGAAAGGGUCUAAGUCGCUCGCUGUUCACUGCAACCAAAAAGUGGUUUGGUGGAGGGAAAGUGCCAGAGAAGAGUGUUAAUGAACCAAAGAACACAUGUGGCCUUCUAUACCCCCCAGAAGCCCCAGAGUUGCAGAUCAGGAAGAUGGCUGACUUAUGCUUCCUGGUUCAGCACUAUGAGCUGGCCUACAGCUGUUACCACACUGCCAAGAAAGACUUCCUCUCAGAUCAGGCUAUGCUAUAUGCUGCAGGAGCACUGGAAAUGGCUGCAGUGUCGGCCUUUCUGCAAGCUGGAGUCGCAAGACCGUAUCCAGCCCACUACAUGGACACUGCAAUACAGACAUACAGAGAAGUCUGCAAAAACAUGGUGCUGGCUGAGCGUUGCACUUUAUUCAGUGCUGAGAUACUCAAAAGCCAGGGAAAAUACUCAGAUGCUGCAACACUCCUCAUUAAGAUGACAAGCGAGGACUCUGAUCUGCGUAGUGCUCUGCUUUUGGAACAGGCAGCCCACUGCUUUAUUAAUAUGCGGAAUACUAUGGUGCGCAAGUUUGCCUUUCAUAUGAUUCUCGCUGGCCAUCGUUUCAGCAAAGCGGGACAGAGGAAGCAUGCGCUGCGUUGUUACUGCCAGGCCAUGCAAGUGUAUAAGGAGAGAGGCUGGUCUUUGGCAGAGGACCAUAUCAACUUCACAAUUGGUCGUCAGUCCUUCACACUCAACAAACCAGAGGAUGCUAUCACAGCCUUUAGGCAGAUCCUGACCAAUGGCAGCAGGCAGACUGCAUCGCAGCAGUGCGCCUUUCUCAGAGAGUAUCUGUAUGUUUACAAGAAUGUGAUGCAGGAAAAUGAAGCCAACCUCCCUCAGCUGCCUCUGCCCUGCAUCAUCAGCUCAGCAACACGGGUCUAUUUUGGGCAUGAACGGCGCCUUGCAGAAGGGGAGAAGCAGGCGGCCACCCAUGUGUCCUUGGAUCAGGAGUAUGACCAGGAUUUGGCAGCAAUGUGGUUUCACCUAGAGGAGCAGUUGGUAACUGCUGCCAACCGAGGGGUUGUCCCAGUGAACUUCUUGCCCACCCAGUUCUGCCUCAACAGCCAGACAGACAACCUGCGCCACCCACUGGCUGUAGUAGAGGAGCCUAUUGUAGUGGAAGUGACAUUCAAGAACCCUCUGAAGGUUUCCCUGGCUCUAUCCAACCUCUCGCUCCUCUGGACGUUCACUCCUGAUUUUGCAUCUCCAGGCCAAAGGACAGCUGAAGAACUGCCAAGCCACACUGUCACUAACGAACAGAACCCAGCUCUAGUGAUGAACGAUAAAGAGAGGAAAGAUAACACUGUAACCACUGAGACCAUCCUGGAAUUUCAUAUGGGUCCAGAGGAAACAAAAAUGGCCCGAAUCCGGCUGCUGCCACACAGAACCGGGCAACUGAACAUUGUGGGUGUGGCGUACCACCUGGCUGCAGCCUUCCCUGGGGAGAUGGCUCAAAGUGAAGGCAAUCAGGUGACAGAUCUAAUAAGGGUUUGUGGAAGACAGGACUUUAAGAUCCAGGGCCCACGACUCAACCAGACCAAAGAGGACAAGAUAUCUGUUCGACAUGGACCUGAUCGACGUCUGGAUCCCAUAAUAACGCCACCCAUGCCCCUGAUAGAGGUGUUUUUCCUGCAGUUUCCCACCGCCCUGCUGUGUGGUGAGAUUCGAAAAGCCUACGUUGAAUUCUGCAACGUCAGUGGUGUUGCUUUGUGUGGCCUGCGAGUUGCAUCCACACACCCUCACUUCUUCACCUUUGGUAGCCAGGCUACAACUCCCCUCACGCCCCUCAGUCCAUCCUCGGCUGAAAACUGCUCGGCCUAUAAAACCCUAGUAACACCUUUUCAGCCAGGGUCAGUAGAGCCAGAGAUGUUGGUUUCAGCUGAAGAUUUCAACCAACCAACAGGUGUGAUAGACAUCCCCAUAAACGGCAGUGUGCUGCAACCUGGGGAGUCGACUCAGCUGCCUUUGUGGCUCAGAGGACCGGACCACGAGGGAGUCCAUGAAAUAAAUUUCCUGUUCUACUAUGAGAACACAAAGAAAGGAAACAAAAUCAGUCAUCGAGUGCUGCGUCACACAGUCUUUAUCUGUGCCAGUCGGUCUCUGAAUGUGCAGGCGUCUGCAUACCACAGUAGUGCUCCACACUCCAGCCUGGAUAACAAAGACAGCAAUGGAACGCUUGUCUUCAUUGAUGUGGAGAACAUCAAUAUGAGUGAAGCUGGUGUUCGAGAGUUCCACAUAGUCCAGGUAUCAAGCAGCAGUCAACAUUGGCGCCUUCACAAGUUUAUUAACCCUGCGAAGGAUAAAGACUGCAAGCUCACCAGCAGAGAAAGAGCCAAACUGUGUUUCAAGGCAACACAAUGCAGGCCCCACCAAGCCAACUCCGAAGUAAAGAAGUACACAUUUGCAGACCUGAACCUGGGAAAUGAACGAAUUAUAAGUUCUUUGACACCUUGCGGAGAUUUCUUCUUUCGUUGCUGUCGAACCACCGGGUCUCAUCAAGUGGAUGUGGCACCAUCAAGAACAUUAUCAAGCAGCAGGAGCCAGAGCUCUGUCUCCACUGAGGACAAAGCUUUGGAAAUGACCAAAAUAGUCAAGAAGUGUAAUGAACUGGACCUCAAUCUCAUUGUCAUAUGGAAGGCCUAUGUAGUUGAGGACAACAAACAGCUGAUUCUAGAGGGACAGUUGCAUGUGGCACUGCAGACAAUUGGCAAAGAAGCCAGUUCUUUAACACCCAAAGAGGAAGCUCAGGAGAUGGUUCUUCUAAAGUUCAAGUCAGAGUUGCCUCCGCCCAUGGUUCUGCCCUCUGCAGAGCUGUCCCACCUCAUCAAAACCAACCUGCACUACCCUGAGACCUACACACAUGCAUUUGGCCAGGAGAGUCUCUGUCUGGUGCCAGUUACUCUGACUCUUUCCAACUGUUCUUUGGCUCAUGUGGAUGUCAUCAUUGACUUGCGACAUAAAAGCUUAAGCCCAGAGUCUCUGGAGGUCCACAGCUCCUUUUCCUGGGUGGGUCAGACCCAGUACAAAUUGCACCUAAAGCCUCAAGAAAUGCUGUGUGUAACUUUGCGAGCAUGCUUUUUCAAGGCUGGAGUGUACAACCUUAACACUUCACGGAUCUUCGCCAGGCCAGCUGGGCAAGGGGCCAUGUGUCAGACAAGUCAGCAAACAGCCAGCCCUGCUCUUAUAAUUAUUAAUAACAUAUAACAGAACAUCAUGAUCUGCAAAUAGGAAGAGGCACCAACUGACUGAGCCUCUUGACACUUCAUUUCUAUACAUUACUAUAUUGUUCUUUAAUCUUGUUGGACUGGAAAUGCAAUAUUUUGUAUAAAUUAGUAAAAUAAAUAAAGGUUUAUUAAUAACAUAUGGCUACAAUUUAUAGAGGGCGAUAAGCUAAUGUAAAAGUUCUGGCAAUGGACUUAAGUUAAUUUAAAUCAACUCACGGCUGUAUAGAAUUCAAUGGAAAACCCUUCAAAUCUCACUUGACUGGUCAGCAGUGGAGAAAAAGCAUGGAAGAGACCUGGCCAGAAAACAGAGCUCAGAGGCUGAUACCAGAAAGGUGCAGAGGGAGACAGAGGAAGCAGCUGGGUGUGACCUGCAGGUUACGGAGCUUGGUCCUAAGUAAGGAGAAGGAUGAUGCUAUGUUCCAGUCUCUGUAAUAGAAUGUUGUGAUUUAUUGUAUCGAAUGAAAGCUCUAACGGGACGAGGACAGAAACUAGAUCAUUUUCUGAAGCUAAGAGAAGAUCAUUAGUGACUGUAACACAAGCUGUUUGAGUAUGAUUGAUCUAAACCUUCAUACAGGUUCUUCCUACUCAGAUAGCCACAUCGACCUAUUUUUUUCUUUUGAAGGAUUCCUGAUUAUUGGCCUAUGACUAUGACGCUUGGGUCCACAUUAAGGCUUUUUCAGUAGGGAUUUAACAGCAUGAACCUUUAAAAUGUGUACUGAUGGAACAGCUCAGCAUUGCUGCCAUCUGCUGGCCUCCGGUCUACAUUUAAAUACACAAGCCUCAUAUUUUGUUGUACAGUAGCUUUUUGUGUAUAAAAUAUGCAUUAUAACACAUUUAAAAAAAGAAUCUGACAUAAAUGUGACUCUAACUUACAUGCCCUGAAGUGUGUUUCUAUUAUGUAUUAAAUAUCUCCUACAGUUUUGCCGACCCCCCACACAGAGCAGCAGCUUAUUUUCAAAGCCAGGAUCGAAGCUUUCGGAAUGAGCCUGUUGUAAAGAAGAAAUCUCAUGAGUCAUGUAUAAAAGGAACUCAAGUCAUUUAAGUUAAGCGCAUGUUUACACUUUUAGUGAAAGAGUGUGAUUUUUGAAGGGCUAGAGAUUGUCAGAAGCCCAGUAACAAGAACAAUAUGUGAACAAUAUAAUGAAUGUGUGUGAACAGUGAUUAAUGCAGCACAUUUAGGCUCCUUCAUCUGUAGCUGUAUUUAAUCAUUAACCUUUAUGCUUCCCACCAACAAAUGUGCACUUUUAAGGUAAGAAGCUAAUUUGGGUGUGGUCAUGGACAGAAGUUUUCUGUUGGUCUGUUUCACUCUGUGUCAUAAACGGUGUGUCCAGUCAGCAGGGCUGCACCAUUGGCAUUUUUUUGGUGUCUGUCCAUUCAGGAUGACAGAAGAUCUGUAACUUUUUUUAUUCAGAUGUUGAAGCAUCUCUGUUUCUCAGUUGUCUUUCACAUCUAACACUACUCAUCAAACCCUGAGAUCACAGUUUUUACUUGUAUGACGUUUUGUAAGAAACCCUCUCAUGAACCAGAACCAACUCCAUGUAUGGUCUUCACCCAUCACCAGCAAAUAAAACAGUUUGUUUGGACCUGACAAAAGCCUCCAUAUGCAUAAUGCACACUAAUGUAAAACCUUGAAGCAAACUUCACUUAGACUGUGCAUGUAACUGCUGUAUGUUUGGUCAGGUUUGCGUUGGGUUAAUAUUUGCUGAAGCAGCAAACAUAAUGACUGAGGAAUUGUGUGUCUAGUCCUUAAUUAGAUCUGGUAAUUUCCUAAAUAGGGCUCAUUUUAUUUUAGGUAUGACACCUCCAAGAUCUCUGAAGUCCUACGAAUGAUGAAACCUGAUGUUUUAUCAAGGAUAUUUGAAUUCACCUCAGAGCCGACUGUGUCCUGUGUAGAGGCAUUGGUUAAGAAAUGACAGGAUCAUUCUGCUUUAUUACUUGAUGUACUUUGGAUUAUGAAAAACAGUUUCUUUACAACUUUGCAUUGAAAUUAAAUCUAAGUUUUUAAUUUUUGCUCUGUGCAAGGUUUCAGUUUUGCUGCUGCAAUAUAUUAUAAACAAAUUAGUUGGUUACUUCCUGCUUUUCUGCACGCUUCACACAUGAAAUUAGAUUUUGUCACAAACAGUUCAGAACAUUUAUGUCAACAUAAAAUCAUAAAAAGGAACUUUCACGUUUUAUUGAUGCUCAGACGAUGUUCUUACAUUUUGUCUGAUAGAUUUUGGGCAACCACCACUGAAAAACGCUCUCUUAAAUCUGUCUUUGUCAGCCCGGUGAGCUCUCAUUCCUGGUCCUCAAACAUUUACUUUGUUUCAGUCAUAAUACAUUUGUACUAACCAGAGAUAAUUUUAUAUAAUUCUAAAUAUAUUCACCUACUGUAUAUUAAUAUAAUAAUUAUUUAUCUCAGAUUUAGGAACUUACCAUUCUGAAAUGAAAAUGGAGGCAUGGGAAUUUAGAAACAAUGAAACAGGGAGACAAAGGUUAUAAGAAUAAGGCACUUUUAUUGUUUUUUACAGAAAAAUUUACAAAACUGAUGUAGGCUUUUUUUAUAUUAUUAUAUAUUAUAUUAUUUUGUAUCAGGUUCAUGUCAUGGGACUUCUGACAUCAUCAAAACAAGCUUAGCCUUAGAGCUCAUGUGGCUGAUCCAGGAAGAAUCAAAGUCUUUAUUAGAUUUAAAGUUCCUCUGUUGAGAUAAAUAACACGUCUAAAGUGAACUGGUGUAGUGACUAUAGAGAUGCUGCCUCAGUAAAAGGAUUUGUGGUGUUCAUUUUUGUUGACUAAUGGAAAUGUAUUGUGUGUCUUGAGACACUGAAUUGACAAACAUCAGUCGUCUUGUGUCACAGCUUCAUACAGAGGCGACCGUCUAUAUAGACAGUAGUGCUGAACCAGAAAGAUGAUAUCAAACGCCACAGAGAACAAACCCAGGCCAAACUUCGUAGGAUCGCCAAAUAUGAGCCUCCACUCAUCUGUAAAGAAUGAACAAAAACAACACAAACAUGUUAAUAAAGAGUGAAGAGAAGAAAAAGAAAGAACUCAUAUGACUAAUACCAUUGUAUUCUGUGUAUAAAAUUCCUUUAUUUGAUAUGA